AUGACUUUCUCAUAUAAAGCAAGAGUUGGUGCCACAUCAUGCUCUAUGCAUAAAUACAAACUUGUUGCUAAGAAAGGUGAAGGGACGUUCAGCGAGGUACUCAAAGCUCAGUCGCUGAGGACCAAUCGUCACUAUGCUAUAAAGUGCAUGAAGAACACCUUCCAAUCUAUUGAACAAGUUAACAAUCUACGUGAAAUCCAAGCCCUUCGCCGCCUUGGUGGCCACCGACAUAUAAUAAAGUUGCAUGAAGUACUCUACGAUGAACCCUCUGGUCGCCUUGCCCUAGUUAUGGAGCUCAUGGACAUGAACCUAUACGAGGCUAUUAAAAACCGACGCCAUCAUUUCCCUCAAGUUAAAGUCCGUGAGUGGAUGUACCAGCUGAUGCUCGCGGUGGACCAUAUGCACAGAAACGGCAUUUUCCAUCGAAACAUCAAACCUGAGAACCUCCUCAUAGUUGACGAUAUGUUGAAGUUAGCCGAUCUUGGUAGUUGCCGAGGUAUAUAUUCUCGGCAACCCUACACUGAUUACAUCAGCACCCGUUGGUACCGGCCCCCCGAGUGCCUCUUGACCGACGGUUAUUACACAUUCAAAAUGGACAUUUGGGGCGUCGGUUGUGUAUUUUUCGAAGUCAUGGCGCUUUUCCCGCUCUUCCCCGGUCGAGACGAGACCGAUCAAAUUACCACAAUUCACGCUAUUCUCGGUAGCUCUGGGCACUCCCCCAGCNNNNAUGUGCCGACGCUUAUUAUGCCCACUCCAGCAGCCGCUGUUUUCGAUAUGGAAGACUCCCAUUCGGAUCCUGAGAUGACCACUCGGGACCACAGGAGAGGGGAGGAGGACGAGGAGAUGGAGAAGAAGUGGGUCGAGCUUUCGAGGAGCUUUGCUACUACUGAUUCUUAUAUAGAGAUGACUGGUGGGGCCCAUAAGUAG